UAGGAGUUGAGCUCGAUCGUUCCAUCAUCCAGGUUGAGCAGUUGAUCCAUGAAGAGAGGUCUCAUUCUCACCAGAUUGAUUUCCUCAUGAAGCAUUUCGCAGAAGAAAAGGCGUAUUGGAGAAGAAAGGAGCGGGAAUGAAUCCGCACUGCCAUUUCGCAUAUGGCGGAGGAAGUCGACGUGGAAAAGAAAUUGAGAAGACAAACGGAGAGACUAAACAAGAAGCUUGGCCAAGAACUGGCUGGCAUGAAGUCAUCUCUUUCCAAGGCGAUGAAAGAGCUCGAGAGUGAGAAGAGGGCUAAGGAAAUAUUGGAGCAGGUCUGCGACGAGAUAGCGAGAGGGAUUGGAGAGGACCGGGUGCAAGUGGAGAAGGAGAGGGAAAUACUCCAGCUAGCGGAUGUUUUGCGCGAGGAGAGAGUGCAGACGAAACUUUCAGAGGCCAAGUACCAUUUUGAAGAGAAGAAUGCCGCCGUCGAAAAGCUGAGGGCUCAGCUCGAGGCCUACAUGAGAUCCAAAAUGAGUAAAGAUGAGAAUUCUCCGAAAUCAGAGAAAGCCAAGGAGCUCGAGCUGUUCUUGAGCGACAAGAUCAAUCUUGAAUGCGCUGAAAACGAAUUAUUCUGAGAAAAUAAAGAAGCUGAUGGAGAGGAGUGCGAAGGAAAUGAAUCCGCAGAAAGCGAUCUUCAUUCGAUCGAAUUGAACAUGGACAACAACACCAGGAGCUACAAAUGGAGCUACACGCACGACGAUACUAAUCAAGAGAACUCAAAAUGGGUCUCGGUAGAUAAUGAGUUCAACUUCAAUGGGAGGAGAUCUUCAUCCGACAAAAUUCAAUGGGAGAGCAUCUCCUUAAGAAGAGGAAACUCUAAAGGGGCGAAUCUUCACGAUGGUGCCAGAACUCAUGACAAC